AUGCAUUUAAGGAGUUCUAUAGCAACAUUUAAUUUUAAAAAACUCAAAGACAUUAAAAGUUCUUUGUCGAAUCAAAUCGAUAACGAAGUAAAAAAAUGGAAAGAAAUAUUAACCAUAUUAUUCGACACUGUACGUACUUUAUGUGCAUCUGGUUUACCUCUUAGAGGCCAUCGUGAAAAUAUUGGAAUUCCUGGUAAUCAUGGAAUUUAUUUAAAUAUUAUUGAUUUAAUAUCUAGACAUAAUUCAACUCUUAUCUCCCAUUUGAACUCCAAUAGUAAAAUUAAAUAUUUAAGUAAAACGAUUACGAAUGAAGUUUUAGAAACUUUAGCAUUAGAAACUAAAUCUCUUAUAAUCAAGCAAUGUAAAAAGGCUAAAUUUUUUACUUUGUUGGCUGAUUCAACUACUGAUGUUGCUCAUUUAGAACAAAUGGCAAUUCUAUUGAGAUACGUACAAAUAGAUCCAGAAUGUGAACAAAGUAUUGUAAUUAAAGAAAGUUUUAUCGGAUUUUAUAGCAUGAAUAAAGGCGAUGCUGAAAGUAUUUGUAAUUUUAUGAUAAAAACGAUUUUUGAGGAUAUUGGUCUAAACAAAUCAUUUAUGGUUGGUCAAGGAUUUGAUGGUGCUAAUGUUAUGUCGGGAAAACAUGGUGGAUUACAAGCGAAACUGAAUGAAUUUUUAGCUUCAAAGACUAUGGAAUGUGCUUUGAAAAAACUAAAAUUAAUGCGAUCAGAAAAAUAUUAUACUGACUUAAUAAUUCGAGCCAAAGAAAACUGGGAACUUGACAACGAAUUUCCAGAAACACGUAUUCGACGGGUGAAGAGUAUGGCCGGUGAAGUAGCAAGAGAUAUCGGACAUUCCGCUCGUGAAAAACAUAGAUUAGGUUAUUUUCAGGCUUGUGAUAAUAUGAUAAACGAGUUAGAAAUUAGAACAACAAAUUUUACGUCUCUUCAUAAACUAUUUGAUUUCCUUCAACCAUCUAAACUUAAAGAUAUUACUAAUGAUGAGUUAGAUAUACAUACAAGAAAUUUAAUUUCCAAGUAUAAAUGUUUUUCAACCGACCUAAAACUUGAUAUAAGAACAUUUAUUGAUUGUUACUUUGUUGACGGUGUACAAUGCCAUGAGAAUAACGAACAUAGUGUUUACACGUACUUGAAAUUUAUAACCGAUUUGAAAUUAGAAGAUAGCAUAAAAGAAAUGCAACUUCUAUGUAGAAUAUUUCUUACGUUACCUAUUAGUACUGCCAGUGCAGAGAGAUCAAUGAGCUCAUUGAAAAAAAUCAAAGAUUACCGUAGAUCAACAUUGAGUGAAGACCGCCUUAAUGAUUAUGCAAUGCUUUACAUAGAAAGAGAUACAGCAGAAUUAAUAGAUUUACAAUCUACCAUCAAAAUUUUUUCAGAAAAAAAAGCUAGAAAAGGUUAUAAAAGUGAAUUAUUAUAA